AGACGUAGAAAAAAUUUCUACAAAUAGAAUAUGUCUUUACUUACCCCUUUAUUAUAAAUAAAUUAAAAUAAAAUAAGUUUUUUUAGGUUCAGAUAUUUGUGUUCUAAAAUAAUGACUAUGCGGUAUAACAACACCUGAGUUCUGCUAGUUGCGAUGCAAACUGAGGUAGAACAAGUUGACACAACGUGGUAUCAGAGGGUAGCCAAUCUAUUUAAAAGGGACAGUGUUACUUCAGACUUCAAUCCACGCAUAUACCUUGUUAAUCAGUGCGUGUUUGCAGGUAGUAUUGCUGGCUUUUUCAUUGGUGGAAGAAUUGGAGCACGUGUUGGUGCUGUUGAACAUGUGGAGACAACUAAACUAGCUGUUUAUAAAUCUGUUACUCAUGCACAGAGACAGUACCAAAACAAAGUUGUUUAUGGCUUUUUUCGGAAUGGAUGCAAGUUUGGCUGGCGAGCAGGAGUUUUCGCUGGUUUAUACAGUUUAUUAUUAGUGACCUUCUCUGAAGCGACACGUCAUAGUGGGAGUGUAAACUAUCUUGCAGCUGGUGCUUGCACAGGUGUUGUCUACAAAUCGUUAUCUGGAUGGAGGUCAAUGAUUGUUGGAGCAGUUAUCGGCUCAGGUCUCAGUUUACCUGUUGCACUUUUCAAUACGAUUGUGAUGCAAGCACUGCCUGAAGACAUGAAAGAACAGCUAGAUGUGUUUGGGAUGUCGCAUUUGCAAACAAAGCAAAAAAUGGCAGAUGCUACGGUGGAUGGCCAAUCGGAGGAUAACGAUGCGACAGAGAAUCUAAUAGCUGCACUUCGAAACGAGCUUAUUCAAAGUGACCAUCUCCAAGGUGAAAGCAAGUAAUCUUUCGUGAGGAACCAAACAAUACGUUCUGAAAAAAAGAAAGCUUGGUGGCUGGUACAAGGCUUGACUGUGCAUUUCCAGUUAUUCGGCCAAUGUUUCGUAUUACACAGACAAGUAACCGUCAAACUGUUGGAAUGGAUGAUGCUUCUCAAAAUUUUUUGCAUGAUAGAAAUUUACUUUACUGUUAGAAAACUUUAUCCAUCCUAGGAAUUUCCUCGAAUGUUAUUUUGCUUGUGAUGUUGAGUUCUUCUUAUUCUCUGCAUUUUUAUGAAACUCUUCAAAUCUUCUACAAAGGAUUGUUACGCAGCGUUAUUUGCAAAAAUCUGUUUUCUCCCUGCUACUUACCUAGCCACUUCAUUACUCUUUGUUGUGUUUUGUUUAGCCCCGUUUUGUGUAAAUUUUGUUAUCAACAUCUCAAAUUGCAGAUUCACUCAGUAAGUAAACCCCGUUUGAUAAAAGUGCAAUGGGACUGCGCUACUUUGAAAUCACUCCGAUUUUCUGCUUAAAAACACGAAAUGUAUAUAUUUUUUUAUAAAGAAUGUAAAUUAGUGCAA